AUUUGUAUGAAAUUGAACUAACAAUGACUAAAAAAGGAUUGAAACGUAAACAAAUUGACGGUCCUGAUAAGGAAAAUGUAUCGAAUGCGGAAGUUUUGCCAGCGACAAGAAUAUCAGACGAGCCACCACAGAAGAAGGUGAAAUGGAUCAAUAAACAAAGAGUGCUAGUUUUUGCUACGCGGGGAAUCAGUUAUAGACAUCGUCACCUUAUGGAUGACAUAAAAACUCUCAUGCCUCAUCAUCGGCCAGAGUCUAAAAUGGAACGUACUAAAAACUUGCAAGUGAUAAAUGAAAUGUGUGAAAUGAAGAAUUGUAACAAAACUAUAUUAUUUGAAGGCAGAAGGAAGAAGGAUCUGUACUUAUGGUUCUCUAAUGUAGCUACAGGACCAUGUGCAAAAUUUCUUGUUGAAAACAUUUACACAAUGGCUGAAUUAAAGAUGACUGGAAAUUGUUUAAAAGGAUCUAGGCCUAUGUUAUCGUUUGAUGAGAACUUCAAUACAAAACCACAUUACAGUCUUCUAAAAGAGUUGUUCGUUCAAAUCUUUGGGGUUCCAAAUCAUCAUCCCAAGAGUCAACCAUUCUUUGACCAUGUAUAUACAUUUUCUAUACUAGAUAAUAGAAUAUGGUUUAGGAAUUUCCAAAUUUUGACGGAGGAUGGUGGUUUGGCCGAAAUAGGUCCAAGAUUUGUAUUAAAUCCAAUAAAAAUAUUUGCUGAUAGCUUUGGUGGUGAAGUUCUCUGGGAUAAUCCAACUUAUAUCUCCCCUGCCAAGUUUCGACAAUCUUUAAACAAAAAAGCUGCUGGUAAAUAUAUAAACAAGGUGGAGCAGAAAAUGGCACAAGAAAUUAACAAACCAAAAGAAUCAUACGCAUUGAAUCCAUUGGAUGAAAUAUUUAAAGGUGAUCCAUUAGAGAAAGCAUUAGAAUUACGAGAGGAGGAAGAAAAGGAGUCACAGGAAAAUCAGCAACAGAAUAAUAAAAUAAAUAUGAAGAAGAGUGUGAAAAAACGAGUAGGAAAGAAAAUGACAAAGGCUACUUUGAAAAAGAAAUUAAAGAAAUGAUGUUACAAAAAUUAUAUGUAAUGUUAAUAAAGUUUCUAUUAAUUAUU